CUUUCCACGCACUUGAAAACAUACGCAUUGCGGUAUUGUUUCUUCGAUUUUCGUCUCCAAAAAUGUGUUCCGCCAACCUCAAACCAAUGUUCAGAGACCUUACAGCCGAGGACCCCGACCCAGAAGUCACGGAAAUCGAGUCAUUUUGCAUAAAUUGUCAUUCAAAUGGUAUGACCAGGGUAUUGCUCACCAGGAUACCGCACUACAAGAAUGUAGUGAUAAUGUCGUUUUCUUGCGAGGAGUGCGGCUAUCAGAACAACGAGAUUCAACCAGGAGGAGAAUAUGAGGAGUUCGGAGUCAGAUGGAAGCUGCGUGUUGAAUCCCAACAGGAUCUGAACAGGCAAGUGGUCAAAAGUGACUACACCAGCGUCAGGAUACCCGAGCUGGACUUUGAGAUAGCAGCACAGAGUCAGAAAGGGGAGGUGACAACUGUCGAAGGAAUUAUAUCUCGAGCUAUAACCGGUCUGAAUCAAGAUCAAGAAUCUAGACGGAGUCAGCAUCCCGAUGCGGCGGCUAAGAUUGACGAGUUUGUGUCUAAGCUUCAAGCAUUGAAGGAUCUGUCUACUCCUUGGACACUACAGCUUGAGGAUAUAAGCGGGAAUUGCUUCAUCGAGAACCCCCAAAUGCCGAAGAAGGAUCCUCGCUGUGAACGGACCGAUUUCAAACGGAGCAAAGCCCAGAAUCACCAGCUGGGCAUCUUCAUGCACGAUGAGGUUCAAGACGACCUGACCCCGACCCCGCUGACACCCUUCUCGGAGAAGCUCCUGACUCCGGCGGACCCGGCCGAGUGCAGCCUGGAGCAGAUGACGGCCGACGAGGUCCUGCAGUUCAGGACCAACUGCCCCGACUGCAACUCGCCCGCGAACACCAAUAUGAAGAUCACCAAAAUACCGCACUUCAAGGAAGUUGUCAUCAUGGCGACGACGUGCGACUACUGCGGACACCGGACCAACGAGGUAAAAUCCGGUGGCGGUAUAGAAGACAUGGGCGUGAGAUUUGAGGUCCGGGUGGCCACUAAAGACGACUUCUCCAGAGAUAUACUCAAGUCGGAGACGUGCAGCAUGAGCAUCCCGUCACUGGAGCUGGAGGUGGGGGGCCGCGCGCUGGGGGGCCGCUUCACGACCGCCGAGGGCCUGCUGCGCGCCACCCGGGACCAGCUCCGACACUGCCCCGCCCUCACCGGGGACAGCGCGCCGCAACCCGCCCUGCAGCGGUUCAUUGAGCGGCUCACCGACGUGCUGGAGCUGAAGGAGCCGGUGACGGUGGUGCUGGACGACCCCGCCGGGAACUCGUACGUGCAGAGCCUGGCCGACGACCCCCUGACGCCCGACGACGGGCUUAAGGUCGAGCGGUACGUGCGCACGUUCGAACAGAACGAGGAGCUGGGGCUCAACGAUAUGAAGACCGAGAAUUACGAGGGGUGCUGACGUGAAGUCGUGAGGUCGCCUCAAGCCGCCCUGUACCUGCAUUACCGCUUCGCAUCAAACACAACGCAAUAUGAAUAUUAACGCCAGAGACGUAAAGUCGUAUAUAAAUGAGUUCAAUCGAACGCGUGGAUCGCGCGAUGAUGAGGAGCCUUCAGAUGUUCGGGAAAUGCUUGAACAAUGUAUAUAUUGUCAUGUAUUGUAUAUAUUGUUUAAAUUAUUAUUAUGUAAAAUGUUAAAGGAAAUUUGUACGUGUUGAUAAUUAAAA